ACUGAGUCCACGUCCAAGGAAUGCUCGGCAAAAAGGGUCUUGAUCUGUGGUGGUGGCAUUAUUGGCGUGAGUACAGCUUAUUACUUGGUGCAGAAGGGUAUCAGCCCCACAAUAAUAGAACGCAACGAAAUUGCAGGGGCUGCUUCAGGGAAGGCUGGUGGCUUUCUUGCGCUAGAUUGGAAUGAUGGCAGCCGAAUUGGCCCCUUGGCAAGAUUAUCAUUUGGUUUGCAUGAAGAACUGGCACAGAAGCUUGGUGACGACUGCGGUUACCGUCGCUGUGAUACACUGGAAGUUCUGGCCUCUGAAGAUGGGCCUGUGUCGCAGCACCAGGGUUCGGGUGUGCCUCAGUGGGUGAAUGGGCGUGUGUCCAGGACACAGGUAAUUGGCACAACAGAGAGCACAGCUCAGGUGCAUCCAUACAAAUUGACACAUGCUCUCUUAGAGGAAGCCAAAAAGGGAGGGCUGCAAGUCAAGCAUGGUGCCGUUGAAGGCAUCGCAUUCGCGGAUGGAGCCACCAAAAAUGUGACAGGUGUUAUUGUUGAUGGAAACAUCAUUGAGGCGGAGGCAGUGAUCAUAGCCAUGGGGCCUUGGUCUACAAAUGCCCGCAACUGGCUGCCACUGCCACUGAUUGCGGCUGAAAAAUACCACAGCAUUCUUCUGAAGCCACAAGAGGAAUUGUCUGCCCAUGCUCUCUUCACCAGCAUCAGGACCCUUGAUGGCCGCCGUGUGGCACCUGAGGUCUAUCCGCGCCCAGAUGGUGAGGUAUACAUAUGUGGAGAGGGUGAUUCCCAGGUGUUGCCAGACGACCCCUGUGAAAUAAAAGUGAUGCAAACUCAGUGUGAUAACCUGAAGAAUUUUGGAGCAGCAAUAUCGAGUACGCUUGAACAGGCACCUGUGACAAAACAACAGGCAUGCUAUUUGCCGAUUUCUCAAGACGGCUUGCCGCUGAUAGGCCGUGUGCCUGGUGUCGAGGGAGCUUUUGUUGCGGCUGGCCACAGCUGUUGGGGAAUCCUCAAUGGCCCAGGAACUGGUCUGUUGAUGGCAGAAUUGGUGGCUGGGGAAUCAACUUCGCUGGACAUAUCGGCAUUUGAUCCUGCAAGAUUUAUUUAA